CGUCACAAAUGCUCAGCGUGUCGCCAUGGGGGCACGAGGGGCUUCCGGGGCUCAAGUUGGGGCUGAGUCGCUGCCUUAGGCCCCAAUGAAACUACCAUAUCAUCUUCCCGGCUCAGAGACAGUCUCCUCUUGUCACCCUUGGCAUGUGGGAACCUGAGAAGGUGGUGCCCGGUUCGGGUGCUGUGUUUACAUUUGGAAAAACUAAAUUUGCUGAAAAUAUUCCCAGCAAAUUCUGGUUUAAAAAUGAUAUAGCUACAUGUCUUGCAUGUGGAGAUGAACAUUCUGCUGUUGUUACAGGAAAGAAUAAACUUUACGUGUUUGGCAGUAACAACUGGGGCCAGUUAGGAUUAGGAUCAAAGUCAACUGUUAGGAAACCAACGUGUAUCAAAGACUUAAAGCCUGAAAAGGUGAAAUUGGCUGCCUGUGGUCGGAACCACACCCUCGUCUCAACAGAAGGAGGCAGAAUAUAUGCAGCUGGAGGAAAUAAUGAAGGACAGCUAGGGCUUGGUGACACUGAAGACAGAAAUACUUUUCAUCUAAUUGAAUUUUUUGCAUCCCAGCAUCGGUUUAAGUUUAAACAGCUCUCUGCUGGAUCUAACACUUCAGCUGCACUAACUGAGGAUGGAAAGCUUUUUAUGUGGGGAGACAAUUCUGAAGGGCAAAUUGGUUUAAAAAAUGUACCUAAUGUGUGUGUGCCUCAUCAAGUGACCGUUGGGAAACCCAUCAUCUGGAUCUCUUGUGGAUAUUACCAUUCAGCUUUUGUAACAAACUUUCAUUGUGGGAACAGGAGUGAAGACAAGAUGGAAAAGAAGAGAGUUGAGGGGGAACUGUAUACAUUUGGAGAAACUGAGUGUGGGAAGUUAGGUCUUCCCAGAGAGCUGCUCAUGAAUCACAGAGUGCCCCAGAUGGUGCCUGGAAUUCCUGAGAAGGCGAUCCAAGUAGCUUGUGGUGGAGGGCACACAGCAGUUCUCACAGAGAAAACUGUGUACACCUUUGGGCUGGGACAAUUUGGUCAGCUGGGUCUUGGUACUUUUCUCUUUGCAACUCCAGUGCCCAGUGUCAUUAAGCCUGUUAAGGAGCAGAAAAUAAUUUAUAUUUCCUGUGGAGAACAUCACACAGCUUUCAUAACAGAUAUAGGUCUUCUGUAUACUUUUGGAGAUGGCCGAUAUGGAAAAUUAGGACUUGGGAUGAACAAUUUUACCAAUCAUUUCGCUCCUACUUUGUGCUCUAAAUUUUUGAAAUUUAUGGUUGAAUCGGUUGCCUGUGGUGGAUGUCACAUGCUAGUUUUUGCUUCUCCACGAGUUGAUAUAAUAGAAGUUGAUAUUCAUGAAAUGUACGAUUGUUGCAUAUCUCCGUUUACUUCUCUGCCUGUUAGCAAUCUGACCUCAGGAAAAGUACUUCAGAGAACUUUAUCAGCACGUGUGCGGCGAAGAGAGAGGGCGAACUCCCUAGAUCCUUUUCAGAUGACACAAGUACUACCUCCAAUUAAAGGGGCUCUUAGGCCACCUGUUCGCUGUUACCCCCGUUCAAUUCCUAUGUGGCUGUCUACAAUUGAUGUGCCAGAGAAAGCGAUGACUAAAAACGAGGGCCCCAUGCAGCCCAUGGAACCAGAUUACUUUGAAGAUACAAUGACUGAAUGGAAAGAGGCAGGUAGUUCUUCAACAGAGGAUUCAGAAAGCCUCGGAGAAACUACUGAUGUCUUAAAUAUGACACACAUGAUGAGAUUAAAUUCCAAUGAGAAGUCUUCAAAAUUAUCACCAAUUCAAAAACAAAAGGAUAACAGACUUUCAGAUGAUGAAGAUUCAGAAGACAAGAAUGAAGAAAUUGGUGAAUAUCUGGAAGGUGGAAAGAAAGCUGUAAGAGAAAAUGAAAAUGUUUCUGCAGAUAGCCACAGUGAAACCAUUGACAACUCAGUUGAAAAGGACAAAAAAACCAACCGAAUGGAACAGCCCACUUGUGAAUGCACUGAAAAUCCAAAAGAAAGCGUGUAUCAUCGUGCAAAGUACAGUUCUUCAGAAUGCCUGGAAGAUGAAUCCACACCAGCUUUCUGCCCAGAUGACAUUGUGCUCGGGGCCGGAAAUCUGGAAGGUAGUUGGGCCACCAGUGUGUGUAUGCAUUCAGGAUCUGGAGACUCACCGCUAGAAGACGAUGAAGUCGGGUACUCACACAGUAGAUAUAAAGACACCCCGUGGUGCUCCCCAAUCAAGGUGAAGUACGGAGAUGUGUACUGCAGGGCCCCUCAAGGAGGAUACUAUAAAACAGCCCUGGGAACCAGGUGCGACAUUCGCUGCAGGAAGGGCUACGAACUGCAUGGCUCUUCCCAGCUGAUCUGCCAGUCAAACAAGCGGUGGUCUGACAAGGUCACGUGCAAGCAAGCCCAUGGGUUGCUGAGAUAUGGUGGGAAUGAGAUGACACCUUUCCGACAGAAGAGUGUGAUCAGCUGUUUGGGAAAGCAGGCGAGAAGAGAGAUUUGUUCAACAAACACAGUAUGUUUACUCAAAAAGCGAUGUCCUACCCUUGCCAUGCCAGCAAAUGGAGGGUUCAAGUGCGUAGACGGUGCCUACUUUAACUCUCGGUGUGAGUACUAUUGCUCACCAGGGUACACACUGAAAGGGGAGCGAACCGUCACGUGUAUGGACAACAAGGCCUGGAGUGGCCAGCCAGCCUCCUGCGUUGAUAUGGAACCUCCUAGAAUCAAGUGCCCAAGUGUGAAGGAACGCAUUGCUGAACCCAAUAAGCUGACAGUCCGAGUGUCCUGGGAUACCCCCGAGGGGAGAGACACAGCAGAUGGCAUUCUAACUGACGUCAUCCUAAAAGGCCUCCCCCCAGGCUCGAAUUUUCCAGAAGGCGACCACAAGAUCCAGUACACAGUCUAUGACAGAGCCGAGAACAAGGGCACUUGCAAAUUUCGAGUUAAAGUAAGAGUCAAACGCUGCGGAAAACUCAAUGCCCCAGAGAAUGGUUACAUGAAGUGCUCCAGUGACGGCGAUAAUUACGGAGCCACCUGUGAGUUCUCCUGCAUAGGUGGCUAUGAGCUACAGGGUAGCCCCGCCCGAGUUUGUCAAUCCAACCUGGCUUGGUCCGGCACGGAGCCCACCUGUGCAGCCAUGAAUGUCAAUGUGGGCGUCAGAACAGCAGCUGCACUUCUGGAUCAGUUUUAUGAGAAACGGAGACUCCUCAUUGUGUCCACACCCACAGCCCGAAACCUCCUCUACAGGCUGCAGCUGGGAAUGCUACAGCAAGCGCAGUGUAGCCUGGAUCUUCGGCACAUCACUGUGGUCGAGCUGGUAGGAGUGUUCCCGACCCUCAUCGGCAGGAUAGGAGCAAAAAUUAUGCCUCCAGCCCUAGCUCUGCAGCUCAGGUUGUUGCUGCGAAUCCCACUGUAUUCCUUCAGCAUGGUGCUGGUAGAUAAGCAUGGCAUGGACAAGGAGCGCUAUGUCUCCCUGGUGACACCUGUGGCCCUCUUCAACCUGAUUGACACUUUCCCCUUGAGGAAAGAGGAGAUGGUCCUGCAAGCUGAAAUGGGCCAGGCCUGCAACACCUGAUGUGAUGGUUCCUCUCACUGCAGACCCUCUUCAUUCUACAUAGUGCUAUGCACACGGAAAGGCCUUAAAAAUAUCCUUGAUGUACAGAUUUUUAUUUGUAAUUUUUAAAGUCUAUUUUAUUAUGACCUUUCUUUGAACUUAAAAAUUAGCACGGUGCUUUUUGUACUUUGAAGUGUUCCAAAAAAUAUGACUAUAUUCACUAUUUCUAACUCUCUUGACUCAAUGAUGGCCGGUUAAUGUUGUAGAGGAAUUAGAAACCACAACCGUACACAUGCUUUCAAUAUGUUAUUCAAUGUGACAGGUAACUUUCUCCAAUCUUGUUUUUUUUUAUAUAAAACUUUUACUAAUAAAAUAUU